UAUCAGUUUCCUGGCUAAGUGGUGAUGGCAGCUAAUUUUGGUUUCCCGUGCCAAGCCUUGGGCAAGGGUCUCUAUCCCAAAGCAAGGGCCAGCCUCACCCUUGGCCCUGCGCCUGUGCCCUUCAAAAGAACAUGUCAGCUUCAUCUAAACAAAGUGACAAUGCAGCCGCAGAUCACCUCUGUGGGAUGUAGGACUGACUACAAAUUCUCUAGUGGAGGCAAGCUCCAUUUGGUCAUGACAUCAAGAAGCAAUUCUGAGCUUUGGCCCAGUCCAACUUCUCCAGCUAAAACAGUAGAAAAAUUUUACAAAUGUAUCAAUGAGAAGAAUAUAAAGCAACUACCUGAGUUCAUCUCUGAGGACUGCUGCUUUGAUGAUUGCGCUUUUCCAAUGCCAAUCCAAGGGAAAGAGGAGGUUGUGCAAUUCUUUGAUCAACUCAUUAGGGGAAUGGGUGAGAAUCUGAAGUUUAGGGUGUGCAAAAUUUGUGAAGGAGAUUCCCUAAUAGCCGGAAUAAAUUGGCACUUAGAAUGGAAAGGAAUACAGGUACCCUUCACCAGAGGCUGCAGCUUCUUCGAAUGUUCUCAAAAAGAAGAGACGCUGCUCAUUAAGAAAGCUCAGGUUGUAAUUGAGUCUCCAUUCAAACCAGGAGUCUUUGCACUGGUUCUAUUGAAGACCAUGACUUCACUAUUUGAUAGUUUUCCAUCAACUGCUGAGUGUAUGUCAUUAAUCUUCACAAACAUUACAUGA